AUGAGCUUCGAACAGCGCUCGAGAGUGCUGGACUUCCUCGAGAUCGACGAAGCUAGUGUCGCAAAGACGCUAGGCAUUCGUUGGCGGGCCACGUCCGACGAGUUCUUUUUCGUCACCGCCGAGAUGGUGUCCAAACCAUCUUUCAGCAAGAGAGAAGUGCUGUCACAGAUCGCCAAGUUGUUCGAUCCUGCAGGUUGGCUUGCUCCCGUGGUCAUUUGGGCCAAGAUUUUUAUGCAAGAAAUCUGGAAGCAAGAAAUCGGCUGGGACGACUCCUUACCGGCGGAUCUCACAGAGCAGUGGACCAGUUUUCUGCGAAACUAUUCGUCCUUGCAGGACAUCCGCAUCCCUAGAUGGACCAACUACACUCCCGGCGCAAAAAUCCAAUUCCACGGUUUUUGCGACGCCUCUCAAAGCGCGUAUGGAGCCGCUCUUUACGCACGUGUGGAAACAGCUGGACAAGUGUCUGUGAGCCUUCUAGUAGCGAAGACUAGAGUUGCACCUAUCAAGACGGUCUCUCUACCUCGUCUUGAGCUGUGCGGAGCUCUCCUGUUGGCAGAAUUAUCCGCCGCCCUCCUACCACAUUUUCCCACCCCCGACGCUGAGACGUACCUGUGGACAGAUUCCACUAUAGUUCUGGCAUGGUUGGACAAGCAGCCAUGCAAGUGGACCACUUUCGUGGCGAACCGAGUGGCCAAGAUUCACUCGGUGAAUGGCACUUGGCAACAUGUUCGUUCCGAACGCAAUCCAGCCGAUCUGGCAAGCCGCGGUGUCUCGCCGCAAGAGCUAUUGGCCGGUCGCCUUUGGUUCGAUCGAGCGCUCCGAGUGUUUGCGUAUGUGCGAAGGUUUGCCCAGCGUUGCCGCCAACCCAAGGUCUCGUUUCCAGAGACGCUCAGCUCUCAAGAGCUUGCAGAAGCUCAAGAGAGGCUGAUUGUACAGGCUCAGAAUCGGGUAUACGCGAAAGAGUGUGCUUCCCUCCGGUCCCAUAAUCGUCUAAUCGGGUCAAGCGAUAUCCUAAGCUUGAAUCCGUUCCUUGACAAGCAAGGUGUCCUGCGUUCCUGUGGACGCGUAAGAGCAUCCACCUCCUUAUCCUACGACGAACGGCAUCCAAUAAUUCUCCCGUUCGGCUGCGUGUUUUCACGCCUCCUGGUUUCCUUCACGCAUCAAGUCUCCCUCCAUGGAGGCAACCAAUUGGUGAUGCGGCUGGUCCGAACCAAGUUCUGGAUUCCCAAGCUGAGGAACUUGGUGAAGACAGUAAUUAGUGCAUGCAAGACCUGCGUGAUUCAUCGCCGCAAGCUCCAGUCGCAGCUGAUGGGUGAUCUCCCAACCGCCCGGUCGACUUUUUCGCGACCUUUCACUAACUCCGUAGUAGACUUCGCCGGUCCCUUCGACGUCAAGAGCUACGUCGGACGGGGCUGCAAGAUUACGAAGGGUUACGUAUGUGUCUUCGUGUGCUUCAGCACGAAGGCAAUCCAUCUUGAGGCGACCACGGAUCUGACAGCGGAAAAGUUCUUGGAAGCUUUCUCCCGAUUCGUGGCACGGCGCGGGUGCCCUCUUCACAUGUACUCUGACAACGGGAAAACGUUCGUCGGAGCCUCCUCCAUUCUCUCCAAAGAAUUUGUGGAGAGCACCCGCAACCUGAUUGUCACCACUCACAGCCAUCAAGGUCUUGCAUGGCAUUUCAACCCACCUGGUGCCCCUCACAUGGGUGGUCUCUGGGAAGCAGGCGUCAAGAGUUUCAAGACGCAUUUCUACAAGACGGUUUCCUCCGUAAAACAUACAUUCGAGGAACUUUCCACCCUCCUUUCCAAAAUUGAAGCGUGCCUCAAUUCGCGGCCUUUGUCUCCUAUGUCAGAGGAUGUGAGCGACUUGGCGGCACUUACUCCCGGUCAUUUCCUGAUCGGGGGUCCGCUACUCUCCAUGGCGGAGCCAGAGUCCACGAUCUCCAGAUCGGUGACAUGGUGGUCAUCAGAGAGGAGAAUAUACCACCACAAGAAUGGCGCCUCGGGCGUGUGUUGCCCGCUUGCCCAGGUGCUGAUGAAAGGGUCCGUGUGGUAA